CCCGCGCCUUCUAGCUGGGAGGACCCCACUCUGAUCAGGACCACUAUUACCACUGAGCUCCCUCUUCUGCCCGGUACUCUCUCCACUGAAAUCGGAUUUGCAGAGGAGUGCGUGGGAUCAGACACCCCCCCCCCCCCGCAACUGCAUUUUCGCGGUGGUUGGGAGCCCCAGCUCUUUUAGCGACAAGCCAACUUGAGCCUUGUGAGACGGAAGACGCGUGAUUUCCUCCCCGCUGCUGUCUGGAUCUCCUUAGAGCCUUGGCCAGGCCGUUUGGUCUUCAGGUUCUAAAGUUGCCCACGGAGCUCCUGCCCUGGUAGAAGAGGAGAGAGGGGGAGGGCAGAGCCGUGUGCCUCUAUUGGCUCCACUCCUUUGCAUAUCACUAGUGUUCCAUAUUAUUUUGUGCCCAUUUCCCCGCGGCACUCUGGGCUGCUGACCUCGGGCCAGGCACUGGGCCUCAGACACUACGCGGUUUCCCGGGAGCGGCGAGCUAAGGAGAAACCCCAACGCCCGCGAGCGAGGAGGCGGCGGGGGAAGAUGCGCGGCGUGGGCUGGCAGACGCUGUCCCUGUCGCUGGGGUUAGUGUUGGCGGUGCUGAACCAGGUGGCGACGCAGGCGUGCCCGGCGCAGUGCUCCUGCUCCGGCAGCACCGUGGACUGCCACGGGCUGGCACUGCGCAGCGUGCCCAGGAAUAUCCCCCGCAACACCGAGAGGCUUGAUCUGAAUGGAAAUAACAUCACACGGAUUACGAAGACUGAUUUUGCUGGUCUCAGACACCUAAGAGUUCUUCAGCUCAUGGAGAACAAGAUUACCGCCAUUGAAAGAGGAGCAUUCCAAGACCUUAAAGAACUGGAGAGACUGCGUUUAAACAGAAAUCACCUUCAGCUGUUUCCUGAGUUGCUGUUUCUUGGGACUGCCAAGCUAUACAGGCUUGAUCUCAGUGAAAAUCAAAUUCAGGCUAUUCCAAGGAAGGCUUUCCGUGGGGCAGUUGACAUUAAAAAUUUGCAACUGGACUACAACCAGAUCAGCUGUAUUGAAGAUGGGGCGUUUAGGGCUCUCCGGGACCUGGAAGUGCUCACUCUCAACAAUAACAACAUUACAAGACUUUCUGUUGCAAGUUUCAACCACAUGCCUAAACUUAGGACUUUUCGACUGCAUUCGAACAACCUAUACUGUGACUGCCACCUGGCCUGGCUGUCCGACUGGCUCCGCCAAAGACCUCGGGUGGGCCUGUACACGCAGUGCAUGGGGCCUUCCCACCUGAGAGGCCACAACGUAGCAGAGGUUCAAAAGCGAGAAUUUGUCUGCAGUGAUGAGGAAGAAGGUCACCAGUCGUUUAUGGCUCCUUCUUGCAGCGUUCUGCAUUGCCCUGCUGCUUGUACCUGUAGCAACAAUAUCGUAGACUGUCGUGGGAAAGGUCUCACUGAGAUCCCCACAAACCUUCCAGAGACCAUCACAGAAAUACGUUUGGAACAGAACUCAAUCAAGGUCAUUCCUCCUGGAGCUUUCUCACCAUAUAAAAAGCUUAGAAGAAUUGACCUGAGCAAUAAUCAGAUCUCUGAGCUGGCACCUGAUGCUUUCCAAGGUCUCCGCUCUCUGAAUUCACUUGUCCUCUAUGGAAAUAAAAUCACAGAACUACCAAAAAAUUUAUUUGAAGGACUGUUUUCCUUACAGCUAUUAUUAUUGAAUGCCAACAAGAUAAACUGCCUUCGGGUAGAUGCUUUUCAGGAUCUCCACAACUUGAACCUUCUCUCCUUGUAUGACAACAAGCUUCAGACUAUUGCCAAGGGAACCUUCUCACCUCUCCGUGCCAUUCAAACGAUGCAUCUGGCCCAGAACCCCUUUAUCUGUGACUGUCAUCUCAAGUGGCUGGCGGAUUAUCUCCAUACCAACCCAAUUGAGACCAGCGGUGCCCGCUGUACCAGCCCCCGUCGCCUGGCAAACAAAAGAAUUGGACAGAUCAAAAGCAAGAAGUUCCGUUGUUCAGCUAAAGAACAGUAUUUCAUUCCAGGUGCAGAAGAUUAUCGAUCAAAAUUAAGUGGAGACUGCUUCGCAGAUUUGGCUUGCCCUGAAAAAUGCCGCUGUGAAGGGACCACAGUAGAUUGCUCCAAUCAAAAACUCAACAAAAUCCCUGAUCAUAUUCCCCAGUACACUGCAGAGCUGCGUCUCAAUAAUAAUGAAUUUACAGUGUUGGAAGCCACAGGAAUCUUUAAGAAACUUCCUCAAUUACGAAAGAUCAAUUUUAGCAACAAUAAGAUUACGGAUAUUGAGGAGGGAGCAUUUGAGGGAGCAUCCGGAGUGAAUGAAAUGCUUCUCACCAGUAACCGUUUGGAAAACGUUCGGCAUACGAUGUUCAAGGGAUUGGAAAGCCUCAAAACUCUGAUGUUGAGAAGUAAUCGAAUAAGCUGUGUAGGAAAUGACAGUUUCAUAGGACUCAGUUCUGUGCGUUUGCUUUCUUUAUAUGAUAAUCAGAUCACUACGAUUGCACCAGGGGCCUUUGAUACUCUGCAUUCUUUAUCUACUCUAAACCUCUUGGCCAAUCCUUUUAACUGUAACUGCUACCUGGCAUGGCUGGGAGAGUGGCUGAGGAAGAAAAGGAUUGUGACAGGAAAUCCUCGGUGCCAGAAACCAUACUUCCUCAAAGAAAUCCCCAUCCAGGAUGUGGCCAUUCAGGACUUCACUUGUGAUGACGGAAAUGAUGACAAUAGUUGCUCCCCACUCUCUCGGUGCCCUACGGAAUGUACUUGCUUGGAUACAGUAGUCCGAUGUAGCAACAAAGGCUUAAAGGUCUUGCCCAAGGGUAUUCCAAGAGAUGUCACAGAGCUGUAUUUGGAUGGAAACCACUUUACACUGGUUCCCAAAGAACUAUCUAACUACAAGCAUUUAACACUUAUAGACUUAAGUAACAACCGGAUAAGCACCCUCUCGAAUCAGAGCUUCAGCAACAUGACUCAGCUUCUCACCUUAAUUCUUAGUUACAACCGUCUGAGAUGUAUUCCACCUCGAACCUUUGAUGGAUUGAAGUCUCUUCGAUUACUCUCCUUGCAUGGAAAUGACAUCUCUGUUGUGCCAGAAGGUGCUUUCAGUGACCUCUCUGCCUUAUCACACCUAGCAAUUGGAGCCAACCCUCUUCACUGUGAUUGUAACAUGCAGUGGCUCUCCGACUGGGUGAAGUCGGAAUAUAAGGAACCAGGAAUUGCUCGCUGUGCUGGUCCUGGAGAAAUGGCAGAUAAACUGUUACUCACAACUCCCUCUAAAAAGUUUAUAUGUCAAGGUCCUGUGGAUGUCAAUAUUCUUGCUAAAUGCAAUCCCUGCUUAUCGAAUCCAUGUAAAAAUGAUGGCACCUGUAACAAUGAUCCAGUUGACUUUUACCGAUGCACCUGUCCAUAUGGUUUCAAGGGGCAAGAUUGUGAUAUCCCGAUUCAUGCAUGCAUCAGUAACCCAUGUAAACAUGGAGGAACUUGUCACUUAAAAGAAGGAGAAAGGGAUGGAUUCUGGUGUAUUUGUGCUGAUGGAUUUGAAGGAGAAAAUUGUGAGGUCAAUGUCGAUGAUUGUGAAGAUAAUGACUGUGAAAAUAAUUCCACGUGUGUUGAUGGAAUUAAUAACUACACGUGUCUUUGCCCACCUGAAUACACAGGCGAGUUGUGCGAGGAGAAGCUAGACUUCUGUGCCCAGGACUUGAACCCCUGCCAGCACGACUCCAAGUGCAUCCUGACACCCAAGGGAUCCAAGUGUGACUGCACACCAGGAUACAUCGGUGAACACUGUGACAUUGACUUUGAUGAUUGCCAAGAUAAUAAGUGUAAAAACGGUGCACACUGCACUGAUGCACUGAAUGGCUACACGUGCAUCUGCCCUGAAGGUUACAGUGGUUUAUUCUGUGAGUUCUCUCCACCCAUGGUCCUCCCUCGGACCAGCCCCUGUGAUAAUUUUGAUUGUCAGAAUGGAGCUCAGUGCAUCAUCAGGAUAAAUGAGCCAAUAUGUCAGUGUUUGCCUGGAUACCAGGGGGAGAAGUGUGAAAAAUUGGUCAGUGUGAAUUUUGUGAACAAAGAGUCCUAUCUUCAAAUUCCUUCAGCCAAGGUUCGGCCUCAGACAAACAUUACUUUUCAGAUCGCCACAGAUGAAGAUAGUGGCAUCCUCCUCUAUAAAGGUGACAAAGACCACAUUGCCGUGGAACUCUACCGAGGGCGAGUUCGUGCCAGCUACGACACUGGCUCUCACCCAGCUUCUGCCAUUUACAGUGUGGAGACAAUCAAUGAUGGAAACUUCCACAUUGUGGAGCUGCUUGCCUUGGAUCAGAGCCUGUCCCUCUCUGUGGAUGGAGGAAGCCCCAAAAUCAUCACCAACUUGUCAAAGCAGUCCACCCUGAGUUUCGACUCCCCACUUUACGUAGGAGGCAUGCCUGGGAAGAACAACGUGGCAUCUCUACGCCAGGCUCCAGGGCAGAACGGCACCAGCUUCCAUGGCUGCAUCCGGAACCUUUACAUCAACAGCGAGCUGCAGGACUUCCGGAAGGUGCCCAUGCAGACAGGCAUUCUGCCUGGCUGUGAGCCAUGCCACAAGAAGGUGUGUGCCCAUGGCAUGUGCCAGCCCAGCAGACAGUCAGGCUUCACCUGCGAGUGUGAAGAAGGAUGGACGGGACCCCUCUGUGACCAGCGGACCAAUGACCCUUGUAUGGGAAAUAAAUGCGUACAUGGCACCUGCCUGCCCAUCAAUGCAUUCUCCUACAGCUGUAAGUGCCUGGAGGGACACGGGGGUGUCCUCUGUGAUGAAGAGGAGGAUCUGUUCAACCCCUGCCAGACGAUCAAGUGCAAGCAUGGGAAAUGCAGGCUCUCAGGACUGGGCCAGCCCUACUGUGAAUGCAGCAGUGGGUACACUGGGGACGGCUGCGAUCAAGAAAUCUCUUGCCGAGGGGAACGGAUAAGAGAUUAUUUCCAAAAGCAGCAGGGCUAUGCCGCCUGCCAAACCACGAAGAAGCUCUCCCGCUUGGAGUGUAAAGGCGGGUGCUCGGGAGGGCAGUGCUGUGGACCUCUGAGGAGCAAGCGGCGGAAAUACUCUUUCGAGUGCACGGACGGGUCUUCUUUCGUGGACGAGGUCGAGAAGGUGGUGAAGUGUGGCUGUGCUCGGUGUGCCUCCUAAAAGCGCGUCCCUGGCUGCUUCCGUGCUGGCAGGGCUUGUACGGGUCACUUCUUGACCAAGUUGGACCAAUUCAUGCUUCAUAGUGGAAAUAUUUGAAAUAUAUUGUAAAAUACAGAACAGACUUAUUUUUAUUAUGCGAAUAAAGACUUUUUUUUUGCAUUUGGAAAACAAUAAUAAAAGACAUGCUGGAACUGAAGCUUCCCCUAUGCUGGAGAAGUGUGAAGAAAGCUAUAGUUGGAAGCGUUAGAGCCACGAAGGGGACCAUUGCAAUGGGAGAUCCAACUUUUGAACAAACUGAAGAUGAGCAGCACCACAUUCAGGACCCAGAGACUGAUGAGCUACUGUGCACUGAUGUGAAGUCGCCCGGAGCAUAAAACCUGUGUCCCUAAUCCACACCCAUGCGGUUCCCGAGGACACUCGAAGCACACGUGUGUGAGUGCUUCUGCCAGGCAAAAGAAUGGAACCCCGGAAUUCACAGAUAAUGGAAACGAAUGAGGAAAGGCUUAUGCAAAAUACAAAGUAUCUCGAAGAUCCGGGUUCCAUUCUCGAGAGGAAAUGGGAGUGGAAUGCUAUGCUAUAUUUUACCUUCUUGUUAAAUGUCAGCAUGUCAGCAGAAGCAGCACACAAAAGUGAUUAUCUACCAUUUUCCAGUAUUAAUUUUUGUAAUAUAAAUGAUAAAGGAAAUGAUAAAAGAACCAAUAGAUUAUUGAUAAAUUAGUAAUAAUAUGAAUUUUCAUUUCUAUGAGUUCUAAACAGCCCUAUACAGUAUUCAGUUUCAUGAGGAAUAUUUAUUGUAUCAAAGUACAUUGUACUUAACAUUUUAGACCAUUCUUUUGCUGUUUCUUGAUGCUUUAAUAUAUAUUAAUUUAUAAUUAUCCUGAUAUUUUUGUACAUUUUUCAAACUUAAAAAAAAAUCAGGAUGUUUUGUUUGCAAUAGUACUAACAUAGGGUGUUAUCUCCGGAUAAAUAUAUGUCGGUCUGUUUGUUGACCUUGACCUGUUUGUUGAUCACUGGUAUCUCUGACCUACUGGCUCAUUCAGGACACCUGCAGGGGGCAUGGGAAGUCCAGGAGGAGAAAAGGCACCUCCGUGUGUGAGUCUGCCCUGCACGGGCAGAAGAGCCCUUCUUGAGGCUUGUCCCCACAGCAAAGAAAUGGUGUGUAGCAAUCGGCACUAGGAGUAGAUCUUUUACAAAUUAACAUUUUCUUCAUGGGUUCUGCCCCUUUAUUGGGGGGCGGGAGUGGGAAAAAGGAAGACUGCCAUGUCAGAACUUGUAAGUUUUUUUUCCCAAACAAUAAAACUUCUUUGUUACCUUAAUGUUCCUACGUUAACAUAUUUGCUGCUAAAUUACAGUGCAGAAUUGAUAAUGAUUUAUUGUGGAUGGUACUCUACCCUUAUUAAAAUCCCAGGGUGCCCUGUAAAGAUGCAGAUGUUUCUCCUCACCCCCAAAAAAACUUUUUACAAAGAAAAUUAGAUAUACUUGUAUAAUUCAGUGUGCUUUGUCUUUCUCCAGACUGAUAUCAGUUACACUACUGAUGUUUGUAAAUUAAACAGAUAUUUACUUCAUUAA